GAGCGCAUUACGACCACGCAGAAGGGCUCCAUCACGUCGGUGCAGGCCAUCUGGUCCAAGUGCUCUGCGGUGUACGUGCCGGCAGAUGACCUCACGGAUCCGGCCCCCGCUACUACCUUCGCCCAUCUGGACGCCACGACGGUGCUGUCGCGGCAGAUCGCCGAGUUGGGAAUCUACCCCGCAGUGGAUCCACUGGACUCGACCUCCCGUAUGUUGGACCCAUCCAUUGUGGGCCAGCGCCAUUACGACAUCGCACGAAGCACGCAGAAGAUCCUCCAAGACUAUAAGUCCCUGCAGGACAUCAUUGCCAUUCUUGGCAUGGACGAGCUUAGCGAGGAAGACAAGCUGACGGUGGCACGAGCCCGAAAGGUGCAGCGCUUCCUGUCACAGCCCUUCUUCGUGGCCGAGAUCUUCACGGGCACCCCCGGGGCCUUCGUGGACCUGGAGACCACGAUCAACGACUUCGAAGAAGUUUUGUCCGGAAAUUGCGACGACAUCCCAGAGGAGCUUCGGGGUGCUGCAGGUUUCAGAAGUCGAGUCCUUGAGUUAAUCAGAAGACUUCUGCCUGGGGGCUGA